AUGCAUCCUCAUCUCAUGAACAUUUGUGCGGUCAUUGCUGUCCAUUUAGUAACUGUUGGUGCGCAUGAUGUGUCACCUGACGUCAUCACCAAGUCAGCUCCUGCACUUCAACUUGGUCAAGGAACUAAGCACUUGAGGACUCACAGGUCCACACAAGAUAAUGAAGAAGAGCGAGGUACCAAUGAUAUUGCUACUGAAAUGAGCUCGAUGGCGGAGGGGGUCAUAAGUGCCUCAUCACCAGGGAAGGAAGACUUGGAUCAGAUUAUUAAGUGGUUGUUUGCUGACAAAGAUGACGGGAAGGCGGUAGACCAGGAAAAUUUGAACGCCUACGUAGAAGACUUGAAAAAAGAAUUAAGCGAUUCCCCCACGCUCGUUGAGUCCUCUCAGCCCACGCUCGCUGAGUCCUCUCAGCCCACGCUUGCUGAACCCGUUCACGCUACGGUGGCUGAACCCGUUAUAACUCGAUUUGAAGACAAGGGUCCGGCUGAGUUCGAUGAAGUACAGCAUGGUCCAAAUGUAAUGAGCGGUCAACAUCAAUAUCAAGAGCGGCUGGACGAGGAGAUUAUCAACCCCUCCGAUUACUUAAAAACUUUGAAACUUGACAAAGCAGGGGAAAAUUUUCUUGGAUGUAUGGGUAUGCUCACGUGGAUUAAAUACGUAGAUCACUUUAACGAGAUACCGACCAAGAAAUCAACAACUGUAAUUGCUGCAUCGAAGAAGGGGGGGUUCGAAGAAAAAACUUUGGAAGAUAUGGUUUUUUCAUGGAAACAGCGCCAAGAAAGCAUCAUAAAGGAAGCGGAAAAGGACAAAGAACUUGAUAUUGUUGAGAAAAAAGACCUGCUUACUCGACAGAAUGGAGCUAGAAAGAGAGUCCUAAAUGAGCUGAUGAAAGAAUGGCUAGAAAAACGCUAUACUAAAGGAAGCCUCCUCAAUCAUCUCGGUCUUUCGCCAGACCUCCCACAGACCGGGCGCGACGUACUUCGUUUCAAAGCAUGGAUGGAGUACGUGAGACUGCUGGCUGAAAAAAACAACAAUCGAAUGAAGGAAAACUUGAGGGCGCAAAGGGUUCGUUACAAAUCGGCGAUGUUCGAGUCUCUGAUCCAUGGAAAUAGAUAUACUUUGGACCAGCUCGAGCAAUUUUCGGAGGAAUUGAAACAAUUGCAGUUCGAUGGGGAUAAAAAAUUGGCCAAGGAAUUAGCCGAGUGGUGCAAAAAGAAGAACGAGGAAAAGAAAGGUCCAGGAAAAAAUACAUCGACUUCUCUGGAUGCUCAAGGUAAACUAAAACAAAAUAAGCGGAAAAGGAAUAUGUAA